CCUCAAAACGAAAUCCGCUUUUUAGCGCCAACGAGCGACAUUUCCGUGAAAGAAACCUCGACUCGCACAGUUCUGUUUACUUUGGGGAAAAAUCAAAAUCCAAUUUCAAUUCACAGGACGCAGGAGUUGGACGGCAUUACCGCCGAUCGACGCUGUGAACUUAUGGCUGCGGAAGAUUUCGAGUCCGACCUGGACUUGGCCUUCAACCUUCAACUACAAGAAGCCAUCACCGCCUCGAUCUCCGCGUCAUUCUCUCCACCCAAAUCCCAAUUAAUAUCAACCACCAAAAACGAUGAAUUUUUGAGCUUCACUAGCAAGUCUAGUGAACUCCGCAAAUUCGAGCAAGAAUUGAACGAUCGUGCAGUGUCCGAAGCUGAAUUUAAGAGAAUUCGAGACGAUCUACACAUUCGGAUCCACGACCACCGUGUGGCAAAUGAAAUGACGACAAUUCCGGAGGAUCAGUGGCAGGAAAGUGGGGAACGUUUUGAGAGGCCUUACGGUGAGGGAAGUUCUAACGGUGGAAGUGAGGAGAUUUUUAGGGUUUAUGCUAAGGGUUUGGUGGAGCUGUACUUGCCAAAGGAGAUUAUUUUGGGUGGGAUUGGUGUCGCAAUAUGCGAUUCAAAGGAUGAGUUGUUGUUUGAGUUGAGAAAGCCAGUGCUUGGGAAUGGGAUGAACCGGCAAAGUGUAGAAAUGAAGGCUUUGAUUGAAGGUCUCAAUGCUGCGAAGGACCUGGGUUUGAACAGGGUCGUUUUCUAUUGCGAUUACUUACCGAUUUUCAAUUAUGUAACAGGCCAAUGGACACCCAAACGUCCAAAGGUUAAAGCAAUAGUCAACCAAAUGGCUCUCCUUAGAGAAAAAUUUUUGUACUGCCAGCCAUCUGUUGUGGCCCGAAAUGAUGUAAAGUUUGCAUUUAAACUUGCAAGAGAAGCAAUAGUUUCUCAGGUGAACAAGUCUGCAGAAUCUAGUGGUACUAUCAAUUCAUUUGAGACUUGUGUAAUUUGUUUAGAGGACAAAAAUGUUGGUCUUAUUUUCUCAGUCGAUGAUUGUAUGCAUCGUUAUUGCUUCUCUUGCAUGAAACAACAUGUAGAAGUGAAGUUGCUUCAUGGGAUGCUUCCUAAAUGCCCACAUGAAGGCUGUAAUUCUGAACUGAAAAUCGGUAGUUGUAGUAAAUUCUUAACACCUAGACUGAUGGAAAUUAUGAGUCAGCGCAUUAAGGAGAAUGCAAUUCCAGUGUCGGAGAAGGUGUAUUGCCCUUACCCUAAAUGUUCUGCUUUAAUGUCGAAGAAAGAUGUUCUAGAAUCUUCGAAAAGUACCUUUAUUAGAGCAGAAAUUUCUGGAGCCAGAAAAUGCUUAAAAUGUAAAGGCCACUUUUGCAUCAACUGCAAAGUACCCUGGCACUCUAACAUGUCUUGCUAUGAGUUCAAGAGGAGAAAUCCUUAUCCCCCAGCAGAGGAUGUAAAGUUAAAGAAUUUGGCAGCAACGCAUAUGUGGCGCCAAUGUGUCAAGUGCAACCAUAUGAUUGAACUAGCUGCAGGGUGCUUCCAUAUGACUUGCAGGUGCGGCUAUGAAUUUUGCUAUACCUGUGGCGCUGAGUGGAAAAACAAGGUAGCAACUUGCUCUUGUCCACUUUGGGACGAGAAUAAUAUUGUAGAUCAUGAUGAUGACGACGACGAUGACGAUGAAGAUUAUGUCUAUGCCUUUGAUUCCGAUGAGGAUUAUUACUGAAUCAUCAAUUUUCUUUCCACUGUUGUUUUCACCACUUUUCCCCCAAUUUUCUGCUUACAUAACUGUUUCAGAAAUUUGGUGAAGUUUGAGGUGAUAAGAUGCAUGAUCAGUUGACUUUCCACUUCAUGUGAUCCAUUUUCUAUUAGGAAUAACAAUGAAGCUGUUGCUCCUGAUGUAUAAAAUCAUAAUUGGGUGCUUUUUGUUUUCAGUGUUUGUAAAUUGUUUUAGGAAAUCGUUCUCUUUGUUGCUCCUUAAUUGCUCGUGUAUCGUGUCAUCUUCUAAUAUUUGUUGAUAAAUUCUUAAUAGGGUGCUUUUUGUUUUCGAUAUUUGUAAAUUAUUCUAGGAAAUCGUAGUCUUUGUUAUUCCUUGAUUGCUCGUGUAUUGUGUCA